AUGUCACUUGCCCCUCCUCAUAGACGCCUUCUUCAAAGAACGUCAGUCACUUGGAGAGCCUUCAGACUUGGACUGCUGUUUGAGAAGAUCUGCACACAUCCGGCGUACGGAAUUGUAAAACUCGGAGAAGAAGGGUCACCACACAACAUGCUCCUCUGGCUGUUUUUGGCUGCUGUUCCCCAUGUAGCUGAUUUGAGUGACUGGGGAGCCGAAUACAAACCAAAGAGGAUCUGCACACUUGGAGGGUCAACUGUGAGGAUUAACUGCACAUACAAACAUCCAGCAGAUGUUAAUGUUACAAAGAAAAUGUGGUUUUUUGGUCCUAAUGAAAACGAGACAACUAAAGAUCAAAUAAUAGCAGAGUAUCCUAACAAUGGGCAGAGAGUACCCAACAGUCACAGACAGCGAGUUCAGUUCCUGACUAACAAAAAGAAGAAGACGUGUGACGUGAAGAUCAGCAACGUGAGCCAAGAGGACAGCGGCUACUACAAGUUUAGAAUCGAGGGGACAAAUCACUGGACACAAUUGCCAGGAGUCCACGUGACAGUCACAGGUCUAAAGGUUGAAACAACAGCAGAGAAAGUAAAAGAAAAUGACAGGGUGACCCUGAGGUGCACAUCAAACUGCAGUCUCACCGAGAUGACCUUCUCCUGGGUCAGAAAUGGAGAACAUUUAAAAGAAACUUCAGAGACGCUUGUAAUUCAGAAAGCCUCUUACAAGGACCACGGCAGCUACUGGUGUCAGACUGGAAACAUCACAUCACAAGCACAUCACCUGAAUGUGGAGUAUGCCCCCAUGAAUACAGAAAUCACAGGACAUCCCAUCAAUUGUAUAGUGAAAGGGACAUCGGUGACUUUAAACUGCAAAGCCUCGGCAAACCCACCCAGCAACUACACCUGGGUCAAGGAGAACAGCAGCCAUGUUAGAUCAGGAGAACAACUGCACAUCAACAUGGUAGAUGAAAAUCAUGCCGGGUCUUAUCACUGUGAAGCCACCAACAUCCAUGGGACGGCCAAGGCGGCAGCUGUCACCCUGACUGUGGUCGAUCUGAGUGAAUGGGGAGCCACUUAUGAGUCGAUGACGAUCUGCGCACUUGAGGGAUCAGCUGUGACGAUUAGCUGUACAUACAGACAUCCAGCAUGUGUUACUAUUGAAAAUGAAAUAUGGCUGUAUGGCCCGAAACAAAAUGAGACAGUUAAAGAUGAAGAAAUAACUGUGUAUCAUACAAAUGGGAGAAACACACACACAGCAGAGUCACUGCAGUGA